UUUAACCGUCGAGCAUCGGGGUUGCGCACGCUAACGUUCUGAUAGUCUCCCCCCCCACUUAUUUCACUCUCAGAAUAUAACUCAUGGUUGCUACGAUCCCAGAUGGUUCGAUUCGUAUCUGCGCCGAUAGAGGCGGGACGUUUUGCGACGUACAUGCCUCCUACCCUGAUCCUCAAAACCCCGCACAACGCAAGGAAUUGGUGAUCAAGCUCCUCUCUCAGGAUCCAUCGAACUAUGCAGACGCCCCGACAGAGGGCAUUCGGCGUGUCCUGGAGCACGUUACUGGGCAGAAUAUACCCCGAGGCACGAUUCUCCCUACGGAGAAAAUCGACUACAUUCGCCUUUCAACAACUAUCGCCACGAAUGCUCUUCUUGAACGGAAGGGCCAUAAACACGCCCUCCUCAUCACUAAAGGCUUCUCCGACCUCCUAUUGAUUGGCAACCAGUCCCGACCCAAGAUCUUCGACCUCAAUAUUCGCAGACCACCUCCAUUGUAUUCCGAAGUUCUCGAGGUAGAUGAGCGUGUCACCCUCGUAGGGUACACUUCCGACCCCAACUUUGAAGAGCACAAGGUUGUCUUUGCCGAGGACGGAUCUAUCUCCAAGGCAUAUUCCGGACGCGAAAGAAUUCGGGGAGAGGGUAGGGUUUUGCAGGGUCUCAGUGGAGAGGCGGUUCGCAUUAUCAAAGAGCCAGAUCUCAAGAAAGUCCGGGCUGACCUCCAAGCGCUGUACGACAGAGGCUAUCGCUCGCUCGCCAUCGUCCUCGUUCAUUCAUACACCUUCCCUGACCACGAGAGGCUUGUUGGAAAUGUCGCUCGUGAAGUUGGAUUUACACAUGUCAGCGAGAGUAGUGCGCUUUUGCCCAUGAUCAAGAUGGUCCCCCGCGGCGUUUCGAGCACAGCAGACGCAUACUUGACGCCCAUCCUCAAAGAAUACCUGGACGGGUUCUUUAGCGGCUUUGACGAGGGUCUGAAAGCUGGUCCCUCGCCGAGUGGCGAGAAACGCACGGCACGAGUCGAAUUUAUGUCUUCCGAUGGCGGUCUCGUGGACCUGAAGAACUUUUCUGGGUUGAAGAGUAUCCUCAGCGGUCCAGCUGGAGGUGUUGUCGGCUACGCAUUAACAACCUACGAAGAAGGGAGCAAUAAAGGCGGAAAGAGCGUUGGAAGGGGGAAACCGGUCAUCGGGCUGGAUGUUGGAGGCACGUCUACGGACGUAUCGCGAUUCCACGGUCGUUACGAAGUCGUUUACGAGACCACCACUGCAGGAGUGACUAUCCAGAGCCCCCAGUUGGAUAUCAACACUGUCGCCGCCGGGGGUGGAUCCUGCCUAACCUUCUCCAACGGUCUCUUCCGCGCAGGUCCCGAAAGCGCAGGAGCACAGCCUGGACCGGCUUGCUAUCGCAAAGGGGGUCCACUCGCAGUGACCGACGCCAAUCUCCUCCUCGGGCGUCUCGUCCCUGCCUACUUCCCUCACAUUUUUGGGAAAACGGAAAAAGAACCAUUGGACGUCGAGGCCAGCAAAACGCUGUUCGAGAAACUGGCCAAGACUAUCAACGAAGAAAGCCCUGAUGCGGAACAGAAGGGACUAGAUGAGAUUGUAUACGGAUUCAUCAAAGUCGCGAACGAAACGAUGUGCCGACCGAUACGGGCACUGACCGAGGCCAGAGGUUACGCAACUGGGGAACAUGUACUCGCUUCGUUCGGCGGUGCAGGAGGGCAACAUGCUUGCGAAAUCGCAAAGUUGUUGGGUAUCCAAACCGUUGUCAUCCAUCGAUACUCGAGUAUCCUAAGCGCCUAUGGACUGGCACUUGCCGAUCGUGCCUACGAAGUUCAAGAGCCAUGCUCGACGUUUUACAAUCCAGCCAAUGUUCCGUCCUUGUUCAGCCGACUUGACGCCCUCACGGAUAAGGUCGUCACGGAGCUCAAGUCACAGGGUUUCGAAGGGAAGAUGGUAAAGGUAGAGAGGAUGUUGAACAUGAGGUUCGAGGGGACAGACACUGCCUUGAUGGUGCUGCCUCAUGCCAAAGAAGGCGGUGAAGACGGGGAUGUAGAAGACUACAUGGAAGCGUUCAAACGGGUCUACAAGACUGAGUUUGGAUUCGUUCUUGAGAACAAGGGUGUGAUUGUCGAUGAUAUCAAGGUUCGUGGAAUCGGAAAGACAUUUGACACCCUCGGACCCUCUAUCUACGACGAAGUAGAUGAGCUAUAUGACAGCAACAGAGUCAGGAGCCUCACACCAAGGACCCCUUGGUCUCCGGAAAGCUCGGCGGAAUUCCACGUGCAUUAUCCCAAGGCAGAAACGACUCCUGAAUCGGUUUACUUCGAACCACCGGUCGGACGCGUUCAGAAUACACCCGUAUAUCUGCUGGUAAAUCUCGAAGUUGGAGAUUUAAUUCAAGGUCCUGCUAUGAUUAUCGAUGAUACGCAAACAAUUGUGGUGAUACCAGGCUCUGAUGCAUUGUACACGACCCGGGGGCUGUAUUUACGCAUUCACUGA